AUGGAGCAGCCGCCGAACAUCACACCGGCAAGUCCUGCUCCGUUCUCUACCGCGGCGCCCGCUCAGGUCUUGGACGGCCAACAAGACAAUAGUCAAAUUGACGUCCAGAAGGAUCCCAACGAGCAGACGAGAAAGAGUCCCAGCCAGCCGAAGAAGGUCACGAGCUGCAAGUACAUCAAGGAGGAGAAGAUAGCCAUCCUGUCCGUGCUGCUGGAGGUUGGCAUGGAGCUUUGGGAAAUGGAGAAAUCGAUCAACAAGCCGUGGCGCAUGUUGUUCUGGGAACAGAGGGUGGCGCUUCCCGUCAGAGAGAAGCUCAAGAGCAACGCUCGGUACGCGGAAAUGGGGCACGACGUCGACCUGAGGUUUAGCGGCUCUUUUGGGGUGGAGAAUCUGAGAAAGUGGGUCCGCUCGCAGAGGACCCAGGAGCUGGAGCGCGUGGAGGGAGAGCGGCAGCGGAUGCCGGGGUCGCCCCCGGGAAGGCCUUUGUCGGAGGUCCAGCAACUCAGGGCGCGGGUGUUCGAAGAAAUUACUGCGGCUUCCCUCGAGAAGGACGGAGAGGGCGUCGGGGAGGUUCCCAGGGCGGUGGGGAGCGGUGACACUCAAGCGGUAGCGGCGGCGGCGGCAGCAGCAGCGGCUAGGUCGGGAACGUCAUCCGCCGGUGGUGGGGCCACGCAGGCGGGGCGGGACCCUUCUCCCGAGCCGUUCGGAGCUCUCUUCGCCCCUCCCGGCCAAAACGGUGGCAGCAGCGCGACGGUACAAGCGGCAGCGGCGGCGGCUGCAGCAGCUGCCUCCGCGGCAAAGGCCCCGGCGGCGAUCAGCGCCCCCGGUCUCUCAACCAGCGUUGUUGUUGCCGGUGGAGCCGGCGCGGCAGACGGAGCCCCUUCCACCUCGGCGGGCGGCGCGAACGGGAUCGACCUCGGCGGAGGAAGCGCGUUCUCCGCCGCCGGCGGCACGACCGCGGCGGCGGCGGGCGUGUCGAGGCCGAGAACGGCGUCGGAGACCACGCCAGAAGAUUUCCGACUCGGAUCGGGGGGCGCCGUGAGGGGUUACUCGACGGCUGUGGCAGCGGCGGCGGCGGCGGCGGCAUCGGCCACAACAACAGCGCCGCCAACAAAGAGGAAAAAGGUGGACCACACCGACCUGGUGAACAGGGUGAUGGCUCAGAUCAGCACCCUGAACUUGCCCUUAGCGGCUACAGCCCUACUCGUGCAGUCGCUACAGGCCAAGAUCGGAUCACCGAACUUCACCCGAGGCGGGGGUAGCGCCGCAGCAAUCGCGGCGGCGGGGGUUGAAGCUCUCGGAGGCAACGGAAACCUAGCGCAGGGGGAGCGGGGGGCACGCGGGGGGGCGUCGAGCCUGGAGGAGAGGCAGCUGCUGCUGGAGGAGCGGUUACAGGCUAGCCGGGAGGCGGAGUCGGCGCAGGCGUUGGCAGAGCGGCGGCUCAAGCUGAUGGAGGAGAUGCGCGCUGCGGGGAACGACCAAGUCGUGACCGACGAGGUCCUUCAGAACCAGCGGCGGGUAGUGUUGGGCUUGUAG